AUGGCAGCAUUAAGACUGACUAGACUCGCAGUCACCACGCUAAGGCAGCCUAUUUUAAAGCCAGUAUCCGUAUUAUCUACACGUCGAUUCUUGGUCGUUGACAACAACCCAUCAGACAAGAAGGAACAGACUCCAGCUGCUGCAAAGUAUCUUGGAUAUGCUGGACUGAUACCCUACCUGGCGACAACCGGAGUAGGAGUUUAUAUGCAGGAACUUGGUCCUCUGCUUGCUGAAGUGCAGGGGCAGUACGGAGCAUGCAUCCUAUCAUUCAUGGGCGCGGUGCACUGGGGUCUCGCAAUGUCAAACUAUGGCAACCCACCAUCAAACACAUCCCGCUACAUCCUCUCAACAGCGCCGUCCCUCGUCGCAUUCGGGUCGUUGCUCAUGACGCUCCCCGAAUACACACUGGCUACACAAUUGGGUGGCUUUAUCGCUUUAUUGGUAUAUGAUUUACGGGCACGGUCUAGAGGGUUGGUUAAUACGUGGUAUCCCGGGUUACGAAUACUGCUGACGAGCGUCGUGUCAGUUUGUAUUGGGACGACAUUGUAUGUGAAGUAUGAGAGGGGGAAUAGGCAACGGGCGCUUGAUGAGGCGCAGAUGUGA